GAGGCACGGUAUACGUUUUGUCUGCGCAAAGUACUGUCAAAGAUGAACAUUCGUUCCAUAAAAUCGCGUUGGAUUCCGAGUGAAGGACUGGUACAAAAAGCAGCACGCUAGAUUCGCGAAGCGUACGAUGCACCGAACGGAUAAGAGGCGUUUCUCCCUCUGAUGAAAAACAGUCGAUAUUGACAGCUCACGCCUCGAUCCAGGAUAACCUCUCGGCCCGAUCGACAAAAGUGACAACUCUUGCCACGUCCGAACUAAACGAUUAUCUGAAACGCAGCGAAAGUAUGGCGUGUCUUUUAUUGAAUCAAGAAAACGUGCAUAUAAAAAUACCCUCGGCUGACACCGUUGACGGUGUUACAUAUUAUUGCAUCGAGGUUAGGAUUGCUUCGAUCAAGUGGACCGUAAAGCACAGGUACAAUGAUUUUGCUGAACUUCAUGACAAGCUUGUUUCUGAGAACUAUGUUAAGAAAGAUAUAUUACCACCAAAGAAACUCAUUGGCAAUAAAUGCGAAGCUUUUGUAGAAAAACGUAGACAAAGUCUAGAGAUUUACUUGAACAUAGUUUAUAAUUAUUUAAAGAAAGCAAUGCCCAGAGAAUUGGCUGUAUUUCUAGAUAUGCACAUAUACGAUAUAUUUUUCCUACUACAGAGCAUGGCUUUGGAAUUUUUCACAGAAGGUGACUCUUUAUUACAAAAGUCCAAGAGUUACAAAUUCAAUCCAGUACAGCUGUAUGCAAUCAGUGAAAGAUUAAAGCAGCCUUGUCCGCCGUUAGAAGUUGUUGACAAAAAGUAUGAUUUUAGUCAUGUUCUGGAUUUCAAUUCUCAUUUAUCUGGCCUGGUGAUCGAAGGAAGUUCAGACCCUUACAGGACCAGCAACAUUUACACAUCUGCUCUUUCAAUUGACUUGUCAACUUUUAAAAACAUAGAGGAUCUGACAAUUAAUUGUUAUCCAGUGGAUAAAAUAUACCACAUGGGCAAUCUCAGAGAUACCGUAAAAUAUUUAAAAGUGAACAACACGAAGCUCAGAAACAUCGUCGAGUUGGCGAUGUGCGAAGAGGUGCACAAGAACAUCGAGAAUGCGAACGACUCUCACGUUUGGUUGGAAGUUACCCACCUGGACCUUAGCGAUAACCGAAUAGAAACUAUAGACGAAGCCAUCAAACUAUUACCGCACAUAGAAUGCCUCACGUUAAACAAUAAUCUACUGUCGGAAAUUUCCAACGUUACCCUGCUACCGAGAUUGUCUCAGUUAUACCUGGCCUCUAACAAUUUCACAACUUUGCCGGAUAAUCUGCAUACGAAAUUAGGCUAUAUCGUCUACAUCGAUCUUUCCCAGAACAAGUUAACUACCCUGGCAAGUUUCUCGAAAUUGUAUUCAUUGGAAGGAUUGGACGUGAGUUGCAAUCGUAUAGAGAAAAUCGAGGAAGUGAAAAACAUCGGGCAUCUUCCUUGCUUGGAAUAUUUAAGAUUGACCGGUAAUCCCGUGUCGACCAUAGUCGAUUAUAGAGUGAAAGUACUGGAACCGUUUGGAAAGAGAGCCGCGGAUAUUUGCUUAGAUAAUGAGAAACCUAAUCAGAAGGAAUUGGACACAGUUUCCGUUCAUCAAGCGCUACGUAUAGCGAAAGAGGGUAAAUCACCUACGUUCACUGCAUCCGACGCGCCUUUAUUCUCUGCAGAAAUUCCAAGUAUAUAGAAACACCGUCUAAAUUAUAUUUUUAUCGCAGACAAUAGGUUUCUUAAGUGGAAGAAUACUUUGAUAUGAAUUUAUACAAUCUAUCCAAAUUUUAUCUAUUUCCUUGUCCUUGAAAUGAUAUUGCUCUGAAAAUUUGAUCAGUUUAUAAGAGUAUGUAUGAGCAAGGGUAGCCUUGUAAGUAAAAUUCAAUUGCUACUUGAAACUAUGGACAUUCAAGAUCAACGUGUAAUCUCGCCUUAUAUAGUCUUUUUUAUACGGUAUUUAUUGUCGUGUUGGUGCUUUUUAUCACCUUUUGACACAAACGAUAUCCUAAUCAGUAUAACGUAUACCAAAACAAAGUAGUUUAAGCCUAGAUUUGCCUGAUUGGUAUUUAUGGUAGUUACACCCAAAUAUUAGAACAAUUAAUAGAUACGGGAUAAUCGUUCUCUGUUCGAGGAUAACGCGUGCCACCUACAUGUAUAAAAGAAAGAAGAUGAAAAGAAAAAACAAGAUUUGUGAGAUUCUGCUGUGUACAUAAUUACUUUUAAAUUGUAUAUUACGUGUUACCAUCAUAUAUUUUUUAUACGAACACGAGAUGUAAAACAAAUCAAUCAGAUUUGAACGAUGGUGUAUUUAUUUGUAAAUUAUAUCGGGGAGAACUUGAUUUUUAUGCAAGCAACGCAGUGAUUCUCAAAGUUAGCUCGAACAAAGUCUCAAUUUUAUGUUAUAUUUAUUGAGAAUCACCGCAACUAUGAAUUGUAAAUGAAACUUAUUUAUUGUCGUGCAUUUAUAAAUAUAUAUAUAUGUAUAUGAAA